CCCUGGCUAAAACCCAUAAUAAGCCCCGCCCGACUGCUGCGACUACUCUCCUUUUGCCCUUCCCUCUUCACACUCGCGCUCGCGGCUGCUUGGUUUCGCAUCAAAUUCAUCAAAAGAAUAGCAGAGAGAAAUGGCGGGGCUUGUACCUCCCGGUAUUACGACGAUUCCAGCCGACGCAUCCAAAACGGCGCAUACCAAACAUGAGGAGAAAACUGAUUACAUGAAUCUCCCAUGCCCUAUUCCUUACGAAGAGAUCCACCGCGAAGCUCUCAUGUCUCUGAAGCCAGAAACUUUUGAAGGAUUGCGAUUUGAUUUCACCAAGGGACUAAAUCAGAAAUUCUCACUAAGCCACAGUGUGUUUAUGGGCCCAACAGAAAUUCCUUCUCAAUCUGCUGAAACCAUUAAAAUUCCUACUGCUCAUUAUGAAUUUGGUGCCAACUUCAUUGACCCAAAUUUGAUGCUUAUUGGGAGGGUACUGACUGAUGGUAGGCUCAAUGCAAGAGUGAAAUGGGAUUUGACUGACAAUCUUGCCUUGAAGGCUAAUGCCCAGCUUACAAAUGAGCCUCAUAUGUCACACGGCAUGGUCAACUUUGAUUACAAGGGUAAAGACUACAGGUCUCAGUUUCAAAUGGGAAAUGGUGCCUUAUUUGGAGCUAGUUAUAUCCAGAGUGUGACACCACAUUUAUCCUUGGGUGGUGAAGUAUUUUGGGCUGGUCAGCACCGAAAGUCAGGCAUUGGUUAUGCUGCCCGAUAUGAGACAGAUAAGAUGGUUGCCACAGGCCAAGUUGCAAGUACUGGAAUGGUUGCUUUGAGCUAUGUUCAGAAGGUAUCUGAGAAGGUUUCUCUCGCAUCAGAUCUCAUGUAUAACUACAUGUCAAGAGAGGUAACAUCAAGUGUCGGCUAUGACUACAUCCUUAGACAGUGUCGCUUGAGGGGGAAGAUUGAUUCAAAUGGAUGCACAGCUGCUUAUCUGGAAGAGCGGUUAAAUAUGGGCCUAAAUUUUGUUCUCUCUGCUGAGAUAGAUCAUAGGAAGAAAGACUACAAAUUUGGAUUUGGAUUGACUGUAGGGUGAUUCAAUUACCAAAUAAAAGCAGUUGAAAAAGUUUCCAAUUGUCACCUUUUAGCAUCUGGUUGAAGAUUAAAGAAUUGAAUGUGUACUUGAACAGCUGAUGUAGCAAUUUUAACAGUCGUUGGUAUCAAUUUGUUCGGUUUAACGUUACCCGUUUUCAGUUGAGAGCUGUAGCAUUUGUCAAAUUAAUGCAAUUUGAGAUGUUUAUUA